AAGGCGCGUGACUUGACGGUUAUGUGUGUGCUAAGGACAGGUGGCAGCCCCGGUUAGGCGAGCUGCUGUUGUUCUCAGCACAAAGAGCAGAGCCGGAGAAACACUUCAAAUUCACAUUCAAUUGGAAAAAACAUGAACACGUUACGGUAAAUUCAAACAUUAUCCGCUAAAUAAAAAAAAAAUAAUGUUUGUGACGCGUUUUGCGUGAAAUGUCCGACAAGGGAGACAAAUCCAACAGAAACUGCGCAGUUUAAUGGGAGCCGUGACCUGAGCAGAUAUGCCAGCUGACGACAAGGUUGCCAUCCUGACGGACGACGAGGAGGAGCAGAAGAGGAAGUAUGUGUUGGCCGAGCCGUUUGACGCGCAGUCGUCGGGUCAGCCGGCAGGUGUUCCCGCGGACACGGCGACGCCAACUGCGGGAACGCCGCCCGAGCAGCUGGAGGCCCCGCGGGCCGCCUCAACGGACUGCUGCGAGGGGAUGUGCCUGCGCAUCAACAGCCGCCUCCUCAUCUCCAAGGUCUUCUACCUCUUCUUCUACGCCGCGUACGGCUCGCUGCACCCGCUGCUGGCCCUGUACUACAAGCAGCUCGGCAUGUCGGCCAGCCGCAGCGGGCUGCUCGUCGGCAUUCGCUACUUCAUCGAGUUCUGCAGCGCCCCCUUCUGGGGCGUGGUGGCCGACCGCUUCAAGAAGGGCAAGAUGGUGCUGCUGUUUUCCGUCCUGUGCUGGCUGGUGUUCAACUGUGGCAUCGGCUUUGUCAAACCGGCGGAGAUGAUGUGCGUGGUGGUAGGCGCCGACCUUCCUCCGACAGCGGCGGCGCCGCACCCGACAACUACUCUCCCGCACGGCAACUUCACCACACAGACGGGCAACUCCACCAACCGCACCAGAAGUCGCCGGAGCUUUCUAGAGCUCACCGGGCUUCCGGACAUCCUGGACUCUCAUUUCGGCGCGCUCCGCCGGCCAAAGCGAAGCGCAAACCUCAACGCCACUUCCGCUCCCUUGGAGCCAGCCAGCACUACCCAGCUGGCACCGAACAACACCCUCCCCACCACCACCACCACCGCGACCCCCCCGGCUCCGACCAAAGCCAAGAAGCACCAGAUUGUCUACAACAAGGACCAGGUGGAGAGCAUCUUCCUGCUCAUCCUGCUCGUUGUCAUCGUCGGCGAGUUCUUUAGCGCGCCGGCCGUCACCAUCGUGGACACCGUCACCCUGCAGUACCUCGGCAGGGCGCGCGACCGCUACGGCUUGCAGAGGAUGUGGGGCUCGCUGGGCUGGGGUCUGGCCAUGCUGCUGGUGGGCAUCUGGAUCGACCACACGCACGUGACCGUUGUGAUCGACGGCGUGGGCUGCGUCGUGCCCGACUUCCGUCUCCACAAUUACCAGAUCGCCUUCAUUGUCUUCGGCGUGCUGAUGGGCGCCGCGUUCAUCGUCGCCACUCAGUUUUACUUUGAUAACGGCGGCGACUACAGGCAGGAGCUUCCGGAGGGGGUGGCCGAGGACGGGAGCAGCCCAAGAGCGUCGCCCGAGUCAGAGUCCGACUCCUCGGGCCGGACGCCCGUCAGCCCGGACGCCGCCCAGGAUUUCCGCUACAGCGAUCUGCUGAAGCUGCUCUGCAGCGUGCGCUACAGCUCGGUGCUGUUCGUCGCCUGGUUCAUGGGCUUCGGGUACGGCUUCGUCUUCACCUUCCUGUACUGGCACCUGGAGGACCUGCACGGGACCACUACGCUGUUCGGGGUCUGCUCGGUCCUGAGCCACAUCUCGGAGCUCGUCGCCUACUUCACCAGCCACAAGUUCAUCGAGCUGGUCGGACACGUCAGGGUUCUGUACAUCGGCCUGGCCUGCAACACAGCUCGCUACCUGUACAUCUCCUACCUGAAGAACGCCUGGACCGUCCUGCCCAUGGAGGUCCUCCAAGGUGUGACUCACGCCUCAGUUUGGGCUGCCUGUAUCUCCUAUCUGAGUGCCGCGGUCCCGCCGGCCCUGAGGACAUCGGCGCAGGGCAUCCUGCAGGGCCUCCACCUCGGCCUGGGCCGCGGCUGCGGAGCCAUGGUGGGGGGAGUGUUUGUCAACUACUUUGGUGCUGCAGACACGUUCCGAGGAAUCGGCAUGGCCUCCCUCGUCAUCCUCCUAAUCUUCUCCUUCAUCCAGUGUCUGUUUGGAGAGACAGAGGAGAAAGAGGACAGAAUGCUGGCCGAGAACAUCCCGGUUCCCUCCAGCCCGGUUCCCAUCGCUACCAUCGACCUGGUGCAGAGCCAGACCGUCCCCGGGAGCCCCACCUCGGCACGCCUGGCCGCCCCGCUGCCCAUCAUUAAGACCAAACACCAGGAGGAGCAGGAGGACGUGAGCAGACCCGCCUGGGUGCUCUCAGGCGCCCCCUGGGUCACCAUCGCCUUCGCUAUCGUCCAGAUCAAGGAGAUGAUGAACAUGGUGAAGAGCCGCGCGCCGCCCACAGAGACUCAGCCCCUGCAGGUACCUAAUGAGCAGGCGUCGGCCGAGUACAAGGCGGUGGCGACGUCACACAGAAACCCCGGUGAUGACGGCACGGAAGCGCCCACGCAAAUAAAUGCCGCCCGUCCAGCGCCCACAGACUCUAACGAGGACAAAGACCAAACACGCCCGUCCUCAGACGGUGGGGAAGACAACCCAGCCUUCCCAGCUGAAAACACACACUGACUGUUCAGUCCCAAGCAGUUUUACCUUUACACACGCUGCUUUUCGCUCAUGUCACAGUACGUCCUUAAAAAUGAGUCAGUAUCUUGACAAAACACUGUAUUUAUAUACAUGUAUUGUACAAAUCGCUUUGAAAAGUUGGAAAUACUGCAACUCAGACAUGACUUUGUUGUUAAUAGAUUGUGUUUUUUUUUGCAAAGGGGAGUUUGGGUUGAAUGUUUGGAUGAAUGUUGGAGGUGCGCUAGGUGGCUUUCUCCCCCCCCCCCUUCAGAUAUGGUCGAAUCUAACGCACCUCGCGGCGCUGUGCACUAUUUAUUUUCUGCCCUCUACCGGUGGAGUGUUAUUUAUUAACUUAAUCUACUUUAAAAAAAAAAAAAGUGAUGCAAUUUGACAAUGUGGUUGUUUAAUUCAGCAUUUUUGAUUCCGCAAGAACACAAACAGCUCUUAAAAGAAGUGUCAACUUUAUGCCGACACAAAACGUAACCCAUUAAAAUGCAUUUUUAACGGGGUCCUAAUUGCAUAUUGUUUACACCAUCACUUUGCACACAAAUAAAUUCACAAUAAAAAUGCUGGUUUUUACAUACCCCAUAAUUUUCCACUCUAUCAUCCCGACACACAAAUGAGUUGACAGGGAUAAUAUUUUAAUGAACAGAGACCAAAAUGGAACUUUACUGGCAGGAAUUGGUGUUCUGUGUAUGCUGCGGGGGAAAUACUGGGACAUACUUUGGCCGGUGUGAUCGUGAAACGGGUAUUAAAUCAUAUUCUCUGAGCUGUUAAAAAGUCUUAAAACAUCUAGCUCGUUAAAUCCUUCCCAAACCCUGCUCUGUUAUCCUCUAAAAGAAUUUAAUUGUUGAGCUUCUUUUGCCCGACUUGCAUCAUUUCCCUGCAAGCUCUGCAGCAAACCGUCUGUGGCCUUAGGAUUUGGGAACCAAUGUAAUCAUUUAAUUUAAAAAAAAAGAACAGUAGUUGCAAAAUCUUGAAUUAAUCAAUGUUGAAUUUGUUUCCAAACGCCGGCUCAGAUGACAGGGGAAAAAAAGAAAGAAGGGAAAAACAAGUUGACCUUUUUAUUUCACAUUUUGAUCACUUCUUUCAAAAACCCAAACCCACUUUUGUACUCCGUACGGGAACGGACUGUUGGUUGAGAUGUAUUUGUAUAAUUAACGGGAGGAGCGGUGAUGAAGAUGUGCCUCUUUUAAACCCACCGUAAGCCUCUUAAUCGUCAUUACUGUUCUAACUUUGUACCGUGAGAAGUCUAGCGAGGAUCCCUUUGCCGUGCUCCACUCCUACAGAACGAGCUGUCGUACUCUGGGUCUUUCUCAAGCCCGCUUCCAAUAAUUUUGUAUAGAAGCUGCCAAUAGCCAAUUAGCUAUAUUUACCGUCUUUGUUUCCCAUUUUCAUGCCAAACAAUUCCCUGUAUUCUGUGUUCUUCUUCCUGUUGUCUUCCCGGAGGAAGAUGAAGAUUUUUUUUCUUCUGUAACUUGAGUGAUUACAGUAUCAAUGUAUCUCAAUGUUAUUGGUAUAAAAAAAAAAAAAAAUGUUAAUCUCAUAAAUAAGA